AUGGCGGAAAGAUACAUUCCCGAACAUCGACGAACCCAGUAUAAGGCGAAGAACAGCUUCAAGCCCGAUGAGCUGCGUCGUCGUCGUGAGGAACAACAGGUCGAGAUCCGUCGCCAGAAGAGAGAGGAAAACCUAGCCAAGCGAAGAGGGGUCCAGCGAGGAAAUGGCGAGAUCGGUAUUGGUGGCCUCACGGAGCCAGAUAGCGACGAUGAGACGGCGAACAUUGAAAAUGAGUUGAGCACGGAACUGCCAGAAAUGGUCAAGGGAGUCUUUUCGGACCAGAUCGAUGCCCAGAUUCAAGCCACCACAAAAUUCCGGAAACUCUUGUCCAAGGAACGAAACCCGCCCAUCGAGAAGGUCAUCGAAACCGGUGUCGUCAGCCGCUUCGUCGAAUUCCUCCGAUCCCCUCACACACUCGUCCAAUUCGAGGCCGCCUGGGCUCUCACCAAUAUUGCUAGCGGUAGCGCUGCCCAAACACAAGUCGUAAUUGAAGCGGGUGCUGUCCCUAUCUUCGUUGAGCUCUUGAGCAGCCCUGAGCCAGAUGUUCGCGAGCAAGCAGUCUGGGCUUUGGGCAACAUUGCAGGUGACUCUCCUGCUUGCCGUGACUAUGUCCUCAGCCAGGGUGCCUUGAAGCCUCUGCUUAAUCUCAUUGCCGAUGGGCGCAAGUUGAGCAUGCUUCGAAAUGCAACGUGGACCUUGAGCAACUUCUGCCGCGGGAAGACCCCCCAGCCCGACUGGAAUACAAUUCAACCUGCACUCCCGGUCCUCGCAAAGCUGGUCUACAUGCUCGAUGAUGAAGUCCUCAUUGAUGCCUGCUGGGCCAUUUCCUACCUUUCCGAUGGCUCGAAUGACAAGAUUCAGGCUGUCAUCGAAGCCGGCAUCCCGCGACGCCUUGUCGAACUUCUCAUGCAUGCCUCCACAUCCGUCCAGACCCCGGCUCUUCGGUCGGUGGGAAAUAUCGUCACUGGUGAUGACGUGCAGACCCAGGUGAUUAUCAACUGCGGCGCUCUGACGGCUCUGUUGUCGUUGCUCAGCUCUCAGAAAGAUGGUAUCCGCAAGGAAGCAUGUUGGACAAUUUCAAACAUCACGGCCGGCAAUUCAACUCAAAUUCAAGCAGUCAUUGACGCAGGUAUCAUCCCUCCCCUGAUUCAUCUCCUGUCCAAUGGCGAUUUCAAGACCCGGAAGGAAGCUUGCUGGGCGAUCUCGAAUGCCACUUCUGGAGGCCUUCAGAAGCCUGAUCAGAUCAGAUACCUCGUCUCCCAAGGGUGCAUCAAGCCGCUCUGUGAUUUGCUAGCUUGCCCAGACAACAAGAUCAUUCAAGUCGCCUUGGAUGGACUGGAGAACAUCCUCAAGGUCGGUGAGAUGGACAAAGAGGCUGCCGAUCCCCGCUCUCCAGAAGGACAGGUCAAUCGGUACGCCCUGUUCAUUGAAGAAGCUGGUGGAAUGGAGAAGAUCCACGACUGCCAGAACAACGCCAACGAGGAAAUCUACAUGAAGGCUUACAACAUCAUCGAGCGAUACUUCUCCGAUGAGGAAGAUGCUGGCGCCGACAUUGAAGAGUUGGCUCCACAAGCUAACGCGACUGGCUUUACCCUUGGAUCCAACCAACCUCAAGGCCAGUUCAACUUUGCAAACGGCAACGAUUCGAUGGACAUGUAG